GUAGGUUCUUCUUUUCUUUGCUUCCUGGAAGCUUCUAGAAGCAGUCAGUAGCUCCUCUCCGUCAGCAGGACUCACAGCAGUAGGAUGACUGAAGCUGAUGUGACCUACUCUGAUGUGAGGUUUGCAAGGCCAGCGGCCAGAGAAAAUGUUUCUUCAUCGGUCGAAGCCGCGUACACAGAGGUCAAGUUUUUAAAAAGAGAACUGCCAGGUGGAAACCAGACAGUUUGUUCAAAUGAGCCAAAAACUGUUGAACAAACAGCAAGAAGUGGGAGGUCAAAGGUCACCUCGGAGCGAGCGGCCCUGGUGGUUCUCAGCGUCCUGUUAGCAGCUGCUGUUGCUGCUCUCGGAGUCAUCGUUUUUUAUACGAUUCAAACCAGCCAAACCCAGAAGGAGGAGAAUGAAGCUCUGAGGAGAAACAUCUCAGAAACAAAACCCUGCAGCUCAAAGCCGUCGUCACCUCCACCUCCUACUCCAGACAUCAAUCAACCUUCAGUGACGUGUGAUGGUGACUGGGAGCUGUUCAGAGGACAUUUCUACUAUUUCACCACCAAUUAUUCCACCUGGGAAGGGAGCAGAGGUUUCUGUGAGGAUCUGGGAGCAGACCUGGUGAAGAUCGACAGCAGAGAGGAGCAGGAGUUCCUGGUGGAGAAAGUGAAAGCUAAAAUGGAAGUUCCUGAGGACAAGUUCUGGAUCGGACUGACGGACUCGGAGAACGAAAGCAGCUGGAUCUGGGUGGAUGGAUCUCCGCUGAACACAAAUUUGACUUUCUGGAGUAAAAGUGAGCCGGACAACUGGGAACAGAAUAAUCCACUAGGAGAAGAUUGUGUGAGGAUGGGGGAGAAAGGAGCUGAAGAUCUGAAGUGUUGGUUUGAUCAAUCCUGUGAUGCUCCUCAGAAAAGUAUCUGUGAGAAAUUACCGAUAACUGAUCAGAAACAUAAGUGUGAAGUUCAGUUCCACAAAAGAGCCUGAGUCCAGGAUCCAGGAGGAGCAGAGAGGAUGUUUGUAGAAGGUUCAUCUCUCUCACAGCUGAAGUUUUAGUUAUAAAGGCUCUGUGGUCGGUGCAUGAAGCAGAGGUUUCAGCAGCUUUACCUUCUAGAAUGAGCCCUUUCAGAUCUCUAUCACUUUAAAGGUGCAAUAUUGGAUGUUUUCCUGGAUCAUUUUGUUGCAUGAAAUGCUCUUAACAUAAAAUGCCAACCAAUAAAUUAUGCUUUUAUGACUUGUUUCA